AAUAAUCGUUUCUUUCUAAAUCCCAACAUGUCCAGCGCCGAGCCCGAACACCGUGAAGAGGAGGAGGCCCCCGCCGGCGAGGACGAGGACACCGGGGCUCAAGUUGCCCCGAUUGUUAAACUCGAGGAAGUUGCCGUCUCUACCGGCGAAGAAGAGGAGGAUGUUCUUCUCGACUUAAAAUCGAAGCUUUACCGAUUUGAUAAGGAUGGGAACCAGUGGAAGGAGAGAGGCGCGGGUACUGUGAAGUUUCUGAAGCACAAGGCUACUGGAAAAGUUAGAUUAGUGAUGAGGCAAUCGAAAACCCUUAAGAUCUGCGCUAAUCAUCUCAUUAUACCAUCAAUGACGGUGCAAGAACAUGCUGGGAACGAAAAAUCUUGUGUUUGGCACGCGAGUGAUUAUGCCGAUGGUGAACUAAAGGAUGAGCUUUUCUGCAUUCGAUUUGCGUCAAUUGAAAAUUGCAAAACCUUCAUGGAAAAGUUCCAAGAGAUUGCUGAAUCCCAGAAGAGUAAAGAGGAAAACAAGGAUGCAACUGCUGCUGCGGGUCUCCUUGAGAACUUGAGUGUUAAAGAGAAGGAAGAAGCAGAGAAGAAAGAUACGGAGAAUAAAGACACUGAAAAGAAAGAGACAGAGAAGGAAGAAUCUGAGAAGAAAGAGACAGAGAAGAAAGAUGCAGGAGAGAAAGGUGAUGAGCCUGCAUCCUCGUCAGCUUAAGUAUAAUAUUUUCAUAUUUGAUUAUUUCCUGCUACUUAGGAACAUGGCAAGGCUUGGUUCCUCUUUUCUGCCCUCAUCUUGGGAUGUUCAGUCUUUGGAUUGUGUCAUGUCAUGGAAAAUGCUAUUGAGAGGUCUGUUUUGUCUGGAGUCCUUCAGAGGAGUUUGGUUCGGUUUGAAGUUGUUGAGGGUUGUGAUUCUGGGAUCUGGGAGUUUACUAGUUUAGUUUAAUUUGUUGCUAGUUUUCAUUCAUGUCGGUUGGGAGGUUGCCUUCGGGAUCUAGCGAAACAGAGGUUUUUGGAUACAAAAUUGUUUGAUUUGCACAUUUUUUUCAAGAGUUGAUUCUACGCCGGUAUAA